UAUUCACGAGCUCCGCAAAAAAAGCAUUUAAAGACGCUUUUCCUAAAGGUAUAUAUUCAACAAUUCGAAGUACUGAAAUUCAUGGACCUAACCGGUGUUUCAUUGCUCUUACAGGUUUGCAAUACAAAAAACCAAAGCCUCUGCUUUAUGGUGUCGAUAAGAACUGGGUAUAUCAGCCGGGACAAGGCUUACACGAAAAGUUGAGGAAUGAACUUAGAAUGCAUUACGAAUAUUACCUUGGGGGAAUCGUUGAUAAAACUUUUAUACCAAUUUAUCUCUUUCUUUCCGGUGCUGGUACCGGAAGGUCACGAAACGCAGAAGAAUUUUAUAAUACGACGCUCGCAUGUUUAUCAGAUUCCAAAGACCUGAAACUAAAAGAAAGCAUCAGAAACGCAUUGGUAUUCAAUGUCGGCUUCGAAAACGGUAAUAGCUUAAGGAAUGGUGUGGAAAUAGAAGCAUAUAGUGCAAUUGGAACUAGAAUUCUCAAACAACUUCUUCCGGAAAAACAUCUUGAAUUGAUAAUUGCAGAAUAUGAAGCACCAUUACCAUGGCAAAUGUUCGAGUUAGUAGCCAAAUACGAAGAGAUUGAAAUGAAUGACGCUACGAUUUUUUUAAUUGUCGAUGGAUUACAAAAUUUAAUGAAUUCGAUUAAUUAUUGUAAUGAUCAAUCAUCUGAUUUUUUCCGGACUCUGACUAAUAUACACGAACUUGCUUUGAGUGGUGCUUUCGUGAUUACACUGUGUACUGCAACGGCAACUAAUUCUUUCGAGGUGCUAAAAAUUACGCACCGCAGGCGCGUAGAACUACCGAUUGCCUCAUUGGACCCUCCGACAAUUUGCAAUAAUAAUAAUGGGAGGGCUCUCGAAGCUUUACAAGAGAUCCUGGAAAAACGCGAUAUUAAAAAAGUUAAUGUAAAUGAUUUAAUGAACGAUUUACGUAAAAGCCUUCGUGAAAGGUACAGUGAGGCGCUGCAAUUUUCUCCAAGUGACUGUAGAGCUAUAGAAGUGGCUUGGCCAGGGUUGAUUAGAUACAAACAAAUAGGUGAAACUCAAUCUGGAUACCUGAUUGCUCCUUACAUCUGGAUUUGGAUACUAGCGCAAUCUUCCGAUGGUGAAGAUCCAUCAAAUUUAAAUCCAAAACGUCUACCAGGUGCUCAAUUUUGGCAACACUUUGAGCAUUUUGUUGCAUCUUUCCGGACAUUAAAAUCUAGAAUGGUAAAUGACAAUGAGGUAACAACAAUUGCGAAAAUUCACACUGGAGCAAGAUUGAAUAGUGAUUUUCAAUUUAUAAAUCAUCAUCUUGAAUUGGAAAUUGCAAUUCACCAGGAGGACACAAAUUCGGCAAAUUAUACUGGAAUUAAAAAAGAAAUUAAAUGUGAUAAUGGUAUUGUUGAUGUUCGUAAAGUGCAUCAAUAUAAAAAGUUGAAAAAAAUUCUUAACGAGACUAAUUUCCAAAAAGAACGGGAAAAAUCAUCAUCACCAAUGGAUUUUUUCUUAUUCUAUACUACAACGAAAAUAAAUUACUUCAGUCUUCCAAAAAACACCGGAUAUGUAGAUAAAUCCAAUUGGGUUGAAUAUUUCGGGCCCUAUGCUGGCAGAACGUUAACGUAUGCUCAUGUAGGCUCUUUGGAUAUAAAUAACGCAGAUAAAAGGGAUCUCGAGCUAGUGGAAGGAGUUGGUCCAGAACGAGCAGAUAUCAUUUACAACAAAAGAAAAUUUAUAGAUAUUGAUGAUGCAUAUAAUAAGACAAAAAUACCAAAGAGUGUAUUGAAAAGAUUCAAAUUUUAA